AAAGAUUCCUCGUCUUAUAGUAUCUAUCUAUCUCUCUUUCUUUCUCACUCACACACAAACAAAACCGGAAUGGCCACCGCCGACGAAUUCUCCGAUGAAGACACAUCGCCGAUUGAAGAAGUCCGUUUAACGGUAACAAACACCGACGAUCCGACACUACCGGUUUGGACAUUCAGGAUGUGGUUCUUGGGUCUAAUCUCAUGUUCUCUCCUCUCCUUCCUUAACCAAUUCUUCUCGUACCGAACCGAACCGCUCGUAAUCACUCAAAUCACGGUUCAGGUGGCUACACUCCCAAUCGGUCAUUUCUUGGCGAAGGUGCUUCCCAAAACCCGGUUUGGAAUACCCGGCUGUGGAUCGGCCCGGUUCUCGUUGAACCCGGGUCCGUUUAACAUGAAAGAGCAUGUUUUGAUAUCGAUUUUUGCGAAUGCGGGUAGUGCUUUCGGAUCCGGGUCAGCUUAUGCGGUUGGUAUCAUCACAAUUAUUAAAGCUUUUUAUGGCCGGAAUAUCUCUUUUAUUGCCGGUUGGCUCCUCAUCAUCACUACCCAGGUAUUGGGAUAUGGCUGGGCCGGUUUACUGAGAAAAUAUGUGGUCGAACCGGCACACAUGUGGUGGCCUAGCACUCUGGUUCAAGUCUCACUGUUUCGGGCAUUGCAUGAGAAGGACGACCAAAGGAUGACGAGAGCAAAAUUCUUUGUGAUAGCAUUAGUAUGUAGUUUCGGAUGGUACAUAGUCCCUGGCUAUCUCUUCACAACACUCACAAGCAUCUCAUGGGUUUGUUGGGCAUUUCCAAGAUCAGUCACUGCUCAACAGAUCGGUUCGGGAAUGAGAGGUCUCGGUCUUGGAGCCUUCACACUCGACUGGACCGCGGUUGCCUCUUUCUUGUUCAGUCCACUUAUCAGCCCCUUCUUCGCCAUCGCUAAUGUUUUCGUCGGUUAUGUUCUUUUGAUCUACCUCGUGUUGCCUUUAGCCUAUUGGGGUUUUGAUUCUUAUAACGCUACGAGGUUUCCUAUAUUUUCGUCCCAUCUCUUCACAUCGGUUGGUAAAACAUACGAUAUUCCUGCGAUCGUGAAUGAUAACUUUGAGCUCGAUUUAGCUAAGUAUGAGCAACAAGGAAGGAUUAACUUGAGCAUGUUCUUUGCUCUUUCCUAUGGGCUUGGUUUCGCCACCAUUGCUUCUACACUCACUCAUGUAGCUCUCUUCUAUGGCAGGGAAAUUUCCGAGAGGUUUCGUGUUUCAUACAAAGGCAAAGAAGAUAUACACACUAGGUUAAUGAAGAGAUAUAAAGACAUACCUUCAUGGUGGUUUUACUCCAUGUUGGCUGCUACACUACUUAUCUCUCUUGCGUUAUGUAUUUUCUUGAACGAUGAGGUUCAAAUGCCUUGGUGGGGACUUGUGUUCGCAAGUGCGAUGGCUUUCGUCUUCACCCUCCCGAUAAGCAUCAUAACCGCAACAACUAACCAAACACCGGGGUUGAAUAUAAUAACAGAGUACGCAAUGGGACUCAUUUACCCGGGAAGACCUAUCGCAAACGUAUGCUUCAAAGUCUAUGGAUAUAUGAGUAUGGCACAAGCUGUCUCUUUCUUAAAUGACUUCAAACUUGGUCAUUACAUGAAGAUCCCACCUAGAUCCAUGUUCUUGGUUCAAUUCAUCGGUACAAUUCUUGCCGGAACAAUCAACAUAACGGUGGCAUGGUGGCAAUUAAACUCUAUCAAAAACAUAUGUCAAGAGGAACUUCUACCUCCCAACAGUCCAUGGACAUGUCCCGGUGACCGUGUUUUCUUCGAUGCAUCAGUCAUUUGGGGAUUGGUCGGACCAAAACGGAUAUUUGGUUCUCAGGGAAACUAUGCGGCCAUGAACUGGUUUUUCCUCGGAGGUGAAUUAGUGCUUGUACAUUGCCUUGUUCCGGAUGUUCCUUGUUGCCUCCCGUUUCUCAAGAGUUUGCGUCUUGUGAAAAUGGGUUACGCAUGUCUUCAUAAGAUUUUACGCGGCUGUCCUUAUCUUCAAAAUCUUAAAAUGUGUGUGAAUGAAGAAGAACACGAGGGAGAAGACACCACUAUCGCGUUGCCUUGUUUACGACAUUUAUCCUUGUGGGACAUGAUGAGAUACAAGAGUAAGAGUGGUGUGUUUGUGAUAGAGGCUCCUCGUCUCAAGUACCUUAAGAUUAUUGAUGAUGUUGUCUAUGACUCUCGUCGAAUUGAGAAUAUGCCCAAUUUGACCGAGGCGUAUGUUGACAUCACUCAAGGAGUUACCCACAAGUUUCUGAGAGCUCUUGUUUCUGCCCGCCGCCUUUAUCUAUGCGUACCACUACUCUCAGAGUUGUAACACACCGAAAUAAACAAUGUCCCCUAUG